GAGCCAGUUUCCCGCCCUUUUUUUGUUUUCUUCCUUGCUUUCCCCCUCUUCCUCUUCCUCUUCCUCUUCCUCUUCUUUCACUUUGACCUUUACGAUUUGUCAUUCCAGUACAAAAUCCACUCCCAACAGCCCCUCCAGCUCCCCCCUUGCUCGAGCAUGCAAUCGCCUGCAGCCACAACAACCAACUCCCCGCUCACCUUCAGCUUCCCGCCGCGAACGCCGCCACACGCCACGCCCCAGCAGAGCAUGUCAUCCCCACCAAUGCCAUCAUCAUCGUCGGGCAGUCCUCAAGCCGGGGUUGCGCGCGUGCCUGAGCCGCGCAGCCGCCACAUUCCCAAGCGCAUGCGUAUGCCUGCCUCGGCCUCCACCACGCCGCCAACCAACACCAGCACCCCUGCCUCCUCCUCCACCACUCCCACCACCACCACCACCACCACAGGAGGAGCUUCCAGGACCAGCCAUCUGACCUUCUCGUUUACGCCGCGCACGCCAACCGGAGCAAUGCCGGCUUCGGCUGUUUCACACGGCCAAGCCGCUUCAGGCCUUCAUUCUGCUGCCACUGCUGCUACUGCUGCUCCUGCCCCUGCUCCUGCUGUUGGUGAGAUCUAUGGCGGCGCCAGCUCUCCCUCAUCACGCAGCGGCGAGUUGGGUGGUUCUACCGGCGUCCAGUCCUCCGUCAAGGCAGACCAUGCGGCGGCGUCGUCUGCAAAUCGUGUUUCAGAGCACCCAAUGCCAACGGAACAUGCUCCUGCACCACACCUCAAGCGAGACGAGCAGCUCCAAGGCAAUGUAUCCACAACGAGCACGGCGCCAACGGGAGCGUCGGACGUCGAUGUCGCACUCAACCUGGACAAGCUGAGCCUGAACGACGAGCAGCACCAGCGUCUCGCUCAACCCCAAGGCCACAAUGUGACCAAGCCAAGCUCGCAAAAUGACGUGCGGGCACAAGUGGAAACCAGGCUGCAAGCGUUGUCUGCGUUUGAACUGCUGCCGGCGUUGGUCGUGGCCAACUUUAUUGAUGCCUCCGAGCAACUGCUCCAGUUCCUCGCUCUGGCUACGCCUGCCACCUCAGACCAGGCCUCGAUAACAAGCGCAUGGACACGGACACGAACUGCUGCAUCCACAUUCCCCGCUCUGAGCCCUCUCUUCUCGACCCUGUCGCUCGAGCAAUUUCAGCUUCUGCAACCAGCGUUCGCAACCAUCACGCAGGCAGUUCUCGUUGCCCGAGCCUCUCGCUCCUGUGGGUUCUCGCCUUCACCCACUUCUCCAGAUGCAUGUGAUGCACCUCCCGUUGCCAGCACGGCAACCCCCAUGGACGAGACCGCCAGCGCUUCGACAGCCCCUCCUGUGACUGUUCCGUUGACAGUGCCCACGACUGCUCCUUUCACAGUGCCUACACCCUCCCCAAGUGCAAGUACCGCGUCCCAUCCAGCAGCCCCCGCGACCGCGUCGUCGGAUAAAUUCAACUUUGGUUUCGGCACGCAGGUGCGCACCAUCCCUCCCGUUCCCCCUUCGAUGCCAUAUCCGCUGCCUAAAGCUGAAACUGCCGCCACAGCCGCAGCCGCCACUCCUUCCGCUCCCGCUGCCGCCGCUUCCCCAAUUCCUGUGGUCUAUGCCAAUCUGGAUACCGACUCUGCGCAUGUGGACCCAUCCUUGAAAGCAUCGCCCCUGAUUAAUCCAGAUUUAGUCAAUCUAACGCACGCACGCAAUGCAGCAGCGGCAGCUUGGAACGGAGGUCAGUCGGACUCUGCCAUUGGGAUUCUGGAUGCGCACAUCGCGCAGCUGCAAGGGUCUAUUUUGACCCCGGAAGUGACAGACCUGCUUGCAUCCGCUCGGCAGCAGCUUGCAACCUACCAGAAAGCAUUUGCUGCCAUUCGAGCUGCGCGAAUGUCGAUCGAGGAAAACAAAGGUGCCGAGGCCUUGGCGCAGCUCCGCCACGCCCUCGAGCUGUUCCCUGAGCACUCUGCCUGGCACUUUAUGCAAGUCGAGGCCACCAUGGUGGACGAUUUGGCUGCUGCGGAAACGCUGCUCAACCAACUUCAGGCUCGCUUCCCGUCCUGCGCAUCAGGCUAUGUCGAGGUGGCGCGACUGGCGUUCGCUCGGGGCCGCUCGAGUCAGGAAAUGUUGCAAGUCCGACGCACCUGUUCCGACCUGGGACUGACGUUGACCAGCGGACACACUGCCGAGAUUCGCGCGCUCGUCGCUGCCCUGGCUGACAUUGAUGCCAAAAAGGACGCCGCCAACCGCCUCUUCCAUCGAAAGAUGUAUGCCGAGGCCGCGUCGCUGUACCAUGAAGCAGCCAACAUUCACCGACGUGCAAACCACCACAACUCUCGCUGCGUCAGCAAUCAGGCAGUUUGCUACGUCAACCUGAAACGGUACACUGACGCCAUCGCCGCUGCUGCGAUCGCCAAGAAACUCGACCCCUUGUACUCAAAGCCGCAUCGCGUCGAGUUUUCGUCUUUCCUCUCGCUUGGCAAGAAAGCCGAGGCGGCUCAGGCGCUGUUUGUAGAAGCCAGCCUCCUCGGCGAGCACCCCAAGCCGGACGAACUCGAAAAGGUGACCCCAGACUCCUAUUACGAGUUGCUCGGAAUCACCCCUGCCGCCACGGCCGACGACGUGCUCAAGGCCUACAGAAAGGCAGCGUUCAAGUACCAUCCUGACAAGCGCGAGACUGGAACGCCCUCUGGGUAUACCGAGUACAUGAUGAAGCUUGUGAAUCUCGCCAAAACAACGCUCGGCGACAAGUACGAGCGGCAAAAGUAUGAUGCCAAGCUCGAGGACGCCGCUGAAGAAAAACGACGCGCCGAAUCCAGAUCUAGGCGCGGUCGUGGCUACAGCGCUUCGGACUACAACUUCCGGCAGCAACAUCAUCCUUCUACGUACACGCGAGCCUCUCCCUCCUGUCAGCACCGGUACUCUUCACACACCAACCGGAGCUCUCAGUCCCAUGGCUAUUACACCCACCAUUCAGAUUAUGACGACGACUACGACGACGACGACGACGACGAGUACACUGAUGAAGAACCCUCGUUUGGUGAUUUUGAGGAUCCAUAUCAGUUCUUUACGGGUGCUUUCGGAAAAUCGGCAAGCUACGCGCAGCCCAAACCGACUGCCAAUGCCAAGCCUGCUACUCCCAACAACAACAACAACAACAACAACAACAACAACAACAACAACAACAACAACAACAACACCAACGCAAAGUCAACACCCACUUCCACUGCCAAAGCAUCUGCCACCGCGUCUCCGUCUGCACAACAGAAGGCUGGCUCGCAACAGCAACAGCACCAGCAACAGCAGCAAUCGGCCAAGGCUGCACCCAAGCCAGCCCCUGCUCCUGCAGCAGAGCCAAAGGCCGCCGCACCGCCAUCGCAAAAGCCUGCGGCGACCUCGGCAGGUGUACGAAAGACGAAUGCUACACCUCCUGCCGCGUCCAACACGACACAGAAUGCUACGCCCAAUGCUACUGCAGCCGGCACCAACAACAAGCCAUCGUCCCAUACGACGCAGAAUGCGACGGCAGCCGGCACCAACAACAAGCCGUCGCCCAAACCAGCAGCGAACGCUGCCAAACAACCAGCAGCUCCUCAAGCGAAUGCGCCAUUCCCGCCGUUCCCCGCCACGCAGUUCCCUACUGGCAGCAGUCGUGCUCCGAGCUCGUCUCCGUUCCAUUUUGAAUCCGACUUUGAAGCAAACCUCAAGGGACGAUUUGGCGCCAAAGCGCAGGCAAAGGCAUCCUCCAAGCCGCCUGCCUCCGGUGUGUAACUUGUGGGCUGUAUGAGUUUGUCUUUGUGCUGCAGAGCUCUCUGUUUGUGCCCCGCAUUUGUCAUUUGCAAUGUGUUCUUUGUCCUUGUUGAAUCCAAUCCUUCUACUCC